AUGUGGAACGAAGAUUCGCAACCUAUGUCAGAGCUCAGCGACUGCAGGAGCUCUUGUAUUGUUAUGGCCGAGAAAGCAAUCACACAUUGCCCAACGCAACAAAACAAAAAAUGCUCUAUUGAUUCCGAAUCGUUUACUGUUUUAAUGGAAGACAUCGAUAACGGGGACCUACUGCACCUCGCGUCUAGAUUAGGACGUGGCGUAACGGAAGCUACGAUUCAGUAUGCUCCUGAUAGUACCACGUGGUAUACAGGAUGGUGUGGAGCAAAUAACUCCUUGCGUCACACGUUCGCCCUGCUGUUCAUGGUUUGUGAGGAAUAA